AGAAGCAUUAUGACCAUCAUAAUCAUAUAAGCCAGAUAGGCCAAUCACAUACAUGCCCUUAUACCAGUCAUCUGUCAAAAAGAGGGUGUCUUGUCCUGCUCCUGCUCUUGCAUUCAUCCCAGUCAUCAGAAACAGAGCAUUGGGCACUUCAAUUCCACCACUCAAAUGACAGCCCAGUCUUCAAAGACAGUGUUGUCCCUGGACUCUGAGGCGGUGUUCUCACUCAAAGAUGGCAUCAACUUUAAGAAGAGCCCAGAUGAUGGCAAGUGCUACAUCAUAUACAAAGAAAAUGGAGAGCUGAAGGCCUGCAAGAACCAAUGCAAACACCAAGGAGGCCUGUUCAUCAAAGACAUAGAGGACUUAGAUGGAAGGACGGUCCGGUGUACAAAACACUACUGGAAGCUGAACGUCUCAACUAUGCAGUAUGUGAACCCUCCUGACAGCUUCACACAGGAUGAGCUGGACGUCGUGAUGACAGACGAGGGUGGUCUUCAGCUCGUGGAGGUGAUCGUCUGGGACCCCUGGUUGGCAGACCCCCAGGAUCCACAGGAACUGCAGGAGGGAGAGGUGACUGUGACCUACCUCACCCAUGCAUGUAUGGAGCUCCAGCUAGGGGGGAAGAAGAUGAUAUUCGACCCCUGGCUGACGGGUCCGGCCUUUGCCAGGGGCUGGUGGCUGCUCCAUGAGCCCCCUGCUGACUCCAUGGAGAGGCUGUGCAUGGCCGACCUCAUCUACAUCAGCCACAUGCACUCCGACCACCUCAGCUACCCUACCUUAAAAUCCCUCUCUGCGACGAGACCCGAUGUUCCUAUUUAUGUUGGCGACACAUCAAGGCCAGUGUUCUGGAUGCUGGAGAAAAGGCAGGUGCAGCUGACAAAUAUCAACGUCGUUCCCUUUGGCAUUUGGCAAAACAUUGAUGAGCACCUCAGAUUCAUGAUUCUGAAGGAUGAAGUGCACCCUGAAUUGGACACCUGUAUCAUUGUUGAAUAUAAAGGUCAUAUGAUCCUCAACACGGUGGACUGCACCAGGCCAAACUACGGCCGACUGCCCCACAAUGUAGACCUGAUGAUGAGCGACUUUGCUGGAGGGGCGUCUGGCUUCCCCAUGACCUUCAGUGGAGGAAAAUACACAGAGAGCUGGAAAGCCGAUUUCAUCAAGAAUGAAAGGAAGAAGCUCAUGAACUACAAGGUCCAGCUGGUAAAAUCCUUGCAGCCCAAAAUCUACUGCCCGUUUGCCGGUUACUUUGUCGAAGCACAUCCCUCAGACAGGUACAUUAAGGAAACUAACACGAAAAACAAAGCGGAGGAGCUCAAUGCCCUGAUCAAGAAGAGCGCUCCAGGCAUAACAACAUGGACACCCAAGCCAGGCGCUGUGCUCGAUCUGGCCCUGGCUCUGAUGAGCCCCAGCCGGAAAGCCAUCACCGACCCUCCAUCCGGGACAAACAUCUAUAAGGACAGUUGGGACUUUGAUUUGUACGUGGAUGAACUGAACAGGGCCAUCACCGCUGAGAUAUUUAAACAUAAAAGCUGGAUCCAAUUUUAUUACAUCUGGGCAGGGUUUAAAAACUACAAUCUAGUUGUCCGGGUCAUAGAGACAGAUGAGGACUUCAUUCCGAUAGACAAUGGCUACAACUAUCUGGUGGACUUCAUGGAUCUGUCCUUCCCUACUCAGAGGCCCACUAGAGAGCACCCUUAUGAGGAGAUCAAGAACAGGAUCGGAGUCAUGAGGCACGUGGUGAAGAAUGGCCUUCUUUGGGACGACCUGUAUAUCGGCUUCCAGAACCGUCUGAGCAGAGAGCCAGACGUCUACCACCACCGGUUCUGGAACCACUUCCAGACAGAGUUGCCAGUCACCGGGCCGGACUGGGACUUGUUCCUGCAGCAGGUGCCAUCACACCACAGGUCUGCUGAACCCCAGGGAAUCCAAACAGAAAGUGUCUCUGCUUCUACAUUGUCUUAGAAAAAGCAGACUGUACUGUCUCAUGAGAACCAAGCUUUAUGCCUGUAUCCAAUAAUGAAUAAAAAGAGCUGCUCUCCCUGUCACUGUAGGCACCACCAACCUCCCUGUCACUGUAGGCACCACCAACCUCCCUGUCACUGUAGGCACCACCAACCUCCCUGUCACUGUAGGCACCACCAACCUCCCUGUGCAACUGAAACGGGGAAAAAGGGACGUGGCUGACAAGAUUUAAUUUCUGAAUUGGUUCAUUUAGGGUUCAUUUUCUAAUUGUUUUUUUUCAUGUAAUGGUGAAAUCUGUUAACAGCAUCUAUUGUUGCUUGGCAGGUCUGUAUGUAGGGGACUAGUACUAAAAAGUAGGAUAAUAUAUGCACUCACUACUAUGUCGCUCUGGUAAGAGCAUCUGCUAAAUGACUAACAUGUAGAAUAUAAAUAAACUUUAUCAUUGAU